GAAGGCGCUAACCAGACUCGUGAAACAAUUUCCGGGGUAGGCAAUUCUGGAUUGCCGGAAUUGUAGGCCCAGUGUGAUUAGUAAAGGCGGGUGUUGAUAUGGAUCGUUCUCAGGGGUGACUUUUCAAAGGUUCGAUAUCCCGCAGCGAAAUUAGUGCAAGAGCACAUAUUUAAACGCAUAGAUAUCCUGUAAGCCUCGAGUCAAGUACCGCACGAUCUCUUGUACUACCUCACCUCGACAAUUAUGCAAGCCCCUCUAUCCAUGAAUUCUACUAACUUUCAGUAUUCUUCUAAGCCAGAAGACCGCUAUCCAUUGUAUAUGCCAGCGGACCAUCUGCCCUUAGGUCAGAAAGAACAAAUGAGUUUGCAGGUUCCUUUCGCACAAGUCCGGCAAUACGGGCAUGCGUAUCCAGCCCCCCCUGCUGCACUCGAGCAGCCCUUGGGUGUAGAUGAGGCGUAUCCCCGAGACUACUCGCUGCUAGAGCGGAGGGAACAAGUGGGCUGGCAGCCUCCCGUCCCCCACGUCCAGAAAUACGGGAGUGCACGCCCAGCCCCUACUAUUGCACUCGAUCAGCCCUCGGGUUUAGACACAGUGCAUUACCGACCUACCAUGGGAAGCGGGGUGGUCGCUCGAUAUUCUGCAUCACCUGCCUUUCCGUCAAGAGACACAAAGCUGGUGAUGCACACCCAUGCGUCACAUUCAAACCAGCCUGUUUCCGAGUUCAUCAGCAAUAAUUGCGAGAACUGGACACUCACAUUGGAUGUCCCCAUCCCAGAAGAUGUGGUCCGCCCGACGCUCACGUCGUUCUCAUAUACGGUCAAAUAUAGCACAGCGAAUGAUCACUUGGCUUCUGUUGUUCGAUCCAAUAUUCUACUUGCAACAACGAAAUCAGAGGCGCCGGACGAUGACGAUGACGAGACUAGCGAGAGUGCUAAUGCUGUGUGCCUUUCGUCCGUGCUAGGCGUCAAAGCUAAUCACUUGGAUAACCACUGGAACCACUUCGUAGAUCACCAACACAUCCCUUUUGAUGUCCGCAUUGUCCCGAACAGUCGUCUGUACUUGCAGAUUCACGUCUCGGAGUAUCCUACAGAAGCGAUACUGCGCUCUCUUUCGAUGGAUGUCUUUGCUACUUGGGUAGUUGACAAAGAAGAGAUGCGACUGCUUCAGAAACGUCAAGCCAGGCAAGCGGCAGAGGCGCAGAAGGCAGCUGACGAAGAAGAAGCCAACGAGAUGCGACGGCUUCAGGACCGUCAAUUCAGGCAAGCGGCAGAGGAGCAGGAGGAAGCAGAGGCACAGAAGGCAGCUGAUGAAGCCAAGAAAGCGGCAGAGGCGCAGAAGGCGGCUGAUGAAGCCAAGCAAGCGGCAGAGGCGCAGAAGGCGGCUGACGAAGCCAAGCAAGCGGCAGAGGCGCAGAAGGCGGCUGACGAAGCCAAGCAAGCGGCAGAGGCGCAGAAGGCGGCUGAUGAAGCCAAGCAAGCGGCAGAGGCGCAGAAGGCGGCUGAUGAAGCCAAGCAAGCGGCAGAGGCGCAGAAGGUGGCUGAUGAACUGGCCAAAGAAGUAGCCGAGAGAGAUGCAAAAGUGGGCAGCACCGCGGAUGGAGUGAUGCAGGAAAAGAUUCGAAAAGCGCUCGAGCGUCUUCCAGAGGAUCGCAGCUGUCCUGGAGGAUACGUUUGGGUCCAAAAUUCGGCUGGUUUCAUGUGCGGAGGGGGUGGACAUAGCAUCACUUGGGAGGAAUUGGCUGCACUGGCUGACUAG